UGGCAAAUGUGUUAUCAAAGAGCUGUAUCCAGGGUUAAAUGGUUAUGACUAAAGCCCAGGUUUUAAAAAUGGCUUUGUGCCAGUUACUUGUAACACCUUUAGAGCGUCCAGAACCAUGUUUUAUUGUGUUUAUUUAUUCCUUUCUUCUGCGCAGUGAUUACCCAGGUGUGUCUGUGAAUCAUGAAGGAAGUGUGUACAGUGGCUAUAUAACAGCAGGGGCAGUGCAGGGCUGACUGCUCUCUCAGGACUCACUGACACUGACAGCACUUUCUGCUCCUCUCAGGUCAGUCAGCUGAACCUCCAGCAAGCUGUGGACACCUAACUGGACACAAACUUCAUUUUGGAAUAUGAACACCUUUCGACUGGGACUGGUUUUCCUACACUGUGUCGUUUUCCUUCAGCUAAGUGGCUGCACGUCCCGGGAUGAGAGUGUCCACCCUGCAGUGACGCCAGGAAAACGCCUGCACACUCCAGCUGAAGUGCACACUCCAGACAAUGGAAGCAGAACGGACGAACAUCUUCUGGACAGUUAUGAAGACGACGUCUCUGUGGAAUAUAAGGAUGACUAUCCCAGAGUUGCAUUUUCCGCAAAGCCUAAAGAUCCCUCGGUGACCACAAUGAAAGGUCAAGGGCAAGGCAGAGACCGGAAGAAGAACCCCUGCCUGAGGAAAAGAUACAAAAAUUAUUGCGUUCAUGGCGUUUGCCAGUACCUGCCGGAUCUAAAUCGUACCUCUUGCACAUGUGACGCAGGAUACUCAGGAGAUCGGUGCCAUCUGUUCAUCCUGCCUGUUGGCAGAGACGCUGAAGGCAACAGUCACACCACAGCUCUGGCUAUAAUGGCAGUGGUUCUGUCCUUAAUAUGUCUCACCAUCAUCGGCAUUCUGCUGGCCUUACGAUGUCAAAAAAAGCGGGACAGCUGUGUGGACGAGAAGAUCAGACUUCAGCCGCUGCAGAGUGAUGAAGAAAAAGCAAAAGUCGCAAACCAAGGGUUCAGUAGACAUGACGGCUACUACCUGGAGACAUCCUGCCAAUGCUGAAGAUGGAAAACCGUAGCGUCCCGAACGUCACAUGUCUCCGAAGGACAGCUUGAAGGAAUCGAUUUGAAGAUUGUAGAACAUGUCUAUGGGUCUGUGUAGCUCUAAAACAUACAGAGCAUAGCAAAGAGAGUCAGUGAAUGUAGUCGCGUUACAAUUUUUUAAAAAGAUGUCUGAACUUAUUAUUUAUUUAUUUUCAAAGGAUACUUGAGCUCUAUAAGGUCAGUCAUGUUGGUGUAUUUAUUUGUAACUAUUUAUUUUGUCAUGUAAUAAUUCUGCAUGUUUACUUGAAUGCACUGCCAGGUUGUCAUGUGUUCGGUGCAGACAGUAAACGACUAAACAGCGAUGAUUGCUGGUGGUUUUGUCUCUGUACUCUAGCAUGCUGGAUAUAAAAGGAGACUGAGCUUAGAUAUUAUGAAGGACAUUGGUAAUUUUCGCAUGAACAGGCCUGAGACAGUUUCAUCCAGGAAGUGUCUAGUGUUGUCCGUGAUGUCAUCUACAUUUCACGUAAUCACUGAAGGAAAAGACAACACCGAGAUUGCUGUAAUUGGAGUCUGCUUAUUUACGGAUAGUGUAUUAAGCUGCUCCCUGUUUGAGGUCACCACAGCGGAUCAUUCGGUCACAUAUUUUGAUUUGGCACAGGGUUUUACGCCGGACACCCUUCCCAUUUUAUCUGGGCUUGGAUAUAUAAGCUCUACAGCGGCUGGGUUAGAUUAAAUUGAACGUUAUAGUUUCAUUAUACGUCAUACUUCAUAGACAUCGUUUGAUUCGAAACUGGAGUACAGAGUCAAAACUGUAAAAUAAUCGCUGUUCACUAAUUUAUUUUAAAAUGUUUUUAGAUAUUUAUUAUUGUAUAACCAACAAAACAUUCUUUUUUUUUAAAAAAUUGCAUUUUUAUGGCAUAUUUGUUUGUAUACAAACUAUCGGUCAUUUGAAUUUAGUACGAUAUUUUGCUAAUUAUUCUUGAGGACUAGUUGAGGAUUUUGUGACUAUACUGUGAAAAAUUUGAGCCCAAUUAAAGAUAACUGGUUGUACCUUUGUUAUUACAUUACUGGGCAAAAAUUGUGGAAGCGAAAAGGAUUUCUACAGUAUUUUUACCAACGACCGAAACGAUACGAGGCAUGGCACGAUGCUCUGAGUCGCUGAUUCUCUCUCCAGUGAGAGUCAAACCACUCAACUAUUUAUUUUCUAUAAUCAAGAAUAGUACUGUUUGUUCCUGCUUCCAAACUUUUGUCUUGUAAUGUAAAUGUAAAAGCUGUUGGUUUAUUUGAGCAGUAUUAGUUUAUUCAAUGGUACAUUCAAUAAACACAUUUGAUACAUAAAUAAAUAAAUAAUAUAUUUACACUGUAUAAUUGUCAUCUCAGUGACUGUUAUGCAAAAUAAAAAUGACAAUGAAUGA